AUGGGUAUUCGAGGAUUGUGGUCUUACGUGAACAGCAACAGUGAAAACUUUGUUCCAUACGAGUUGCAUAAUGAAUUUUUAAUAAUUGAUGGGGAAAACUUUGCAACUCAUUGCUAUCGUAAAGCAGCAUUCCGGUGUCAAUAUGGAGGAGAGUACUUAAUUUACAAAAGUUAUGUCGAAUCAAUUAUAGAGAAAUUUCGGCUUUGUCGUGUUGAACCAAUUUUUGUCUUCGGUGGAUGUCAUCCUAAAGAGGGAUCAAAACUAAACACUCUGUUGAAGCGAAGUACUGAAAACCUGAAAAAGCUAUCAACAAUGCCUUUGAACAAUGCCACCACUUCUGAUUCUGAUCUUUUGAAUGUUGAUAUAUUACCUCGACUUUGUCGAUAUGUUCUUGUGGAAAUUCUGCGAGAGUUUUCUAUUCGUUACACAGCCUGUGAGCGUGAGGCUGAUCUCUGUGUUGCACAACUUUCUAUUUAUUUGAAUUGUCCAGUUACUAGUGGAGAUUCUGACUUUUUUAUAUAUCGACCACUGGAAAAUAAUCAAGUCUACAAUUUUAUUCCUCUCUCGUCGUUUUCCUUUGAUUGUAAACGGAAAUAUUCCCCGUGUGCUGCAUGUUAUCGUUCCGGUACUCCAUGUUCUUACAUUCAAUGCUCACUUCUAAAUAAAUCUGGACCGUUUUACAAACUUCAGUAUCCAUUAUUACCAAUUUUCGCUGUUCUUUGUGGGAAUGAUAUGGCGUCAGAUAUACGUCUUCCUUCUGCAAUAAUCACUUUAACUGAAAGUUUUACUGAUAAAAUCGCGUCAUUCUAUCAAAGACGUAUUCAUGCUAUAUUUAACUGGCUUUUAAGUUUCCAUGGUAAUGUUGAACAACCUUUAACUGCUGUUUUAUCACUUUAUAACGAUCAGGAGUUGGAUAAUAUCAUAGAAGUAAUACGUCUGGGAAUUUUGGAAUAUGUCUUCAAUAGUCCUGUUGAAGACUUAGUCAUUUCACUGGGUUUAACAAUUAGACAUCAUGCUUCAUUCUCUACGUCAUCGACAAGCACAUUUGAUAAAUCAUAUAGACAGGUUAAUAUAAAUUCACGCCGAUCUAAAGUAGAAACUGGUGUAAACUUAUUAAAAACCCUAUUAUGUUCUCCAGAUUUUAUCUCAAUGAAAAGUAAUGAUGAGACAAGUAUAUUUUACCGCUGGCCAAAGGAACUAACAAGACGAUUUAAACAAUUGGAAUUAGCUCCAGGUUUGUUGGAUUCUAUGUAUGUACGCAAUGGUAGUGUUUGUCGUAUUACUAUCGAAGAUUUAACGAUUCCACAUCCGAUUCACCAUUGUGCAUCCAGCUUACAAAUCGCUCAGUAUGGACUUAUAUUAGGAUUGGAAAAACACUUAAAUGCUUGUAAAAAGUUGUGCGGAAUUGAUAAUGACUACGUCAUCGAAUAUUGUAGAAAGUCAUGUAAUGAAAUUGUAAAAAAGAUGACCUUAGUCAAACCCAUAAUUCCACCAAGAAGUAACGGAGCGCAAUAUUCAUUCCUAUCGUUCUUUUCACAAUUUCUUCGUGUAAAUUUAGACAGGUAUUGUAGAUCUUCAGAAAUGCAAGGUUUGGCAGUAUUAUUAACUCUGUGGUUCAAAUCUUCUUCUUCUACUCAGUAUCGAGCAACUGAAAUUCGUCAAUCUCCAGUGGGACUAGCAUUUGCUUGUUGUACAAUAGCCGUUAAGUCAAACUGUAACUUACUUAGAACAGAAAAAAGAAAUGGGAAUUACACUGAUGAUAUAUGCAUGCAUAUUAAUGAUUGUACUGAUAAGGCAAAGUCGAUUUACUGCCAGAACAAUUCACCUUCUUUUUGUGUUUCAUAUGUACAUCAGCUAAAUGAAUUACAGACUAUGGCUGUUGCGUUGACUCAUUUAGUUGCACUUCUUGAUGUACUUUGUCCAUUUUAUCUAUCAAAUAUGAAUAAUAAUAGCAUUGAUCAUUUAUGUGUUAAAAAUCCUUUUAUAAGUUUUUAUCCUCUUUGGAUGUUAUUUUCUAGUGGACGUCUUUUAUAUUGGAUUAGUCGACUGCUUCAAAAUGUAAGGCCUAAUGAUCGUUUUCGUAUAAUUCUUGAUGAAUGGCUUCCUAGAUUGCUUAUAAGAAAAAAUUCUUAUAAUGAACACUUACGUUAUGCUCGAGAUGAAUUUAUUAAAUUGUUUACUCUGAUUGAUAAUCUAAACAAAUAAUCUUUUAAAUUCCUAUAUAUAUUUUCUUUUCUUAUCUUUUGUUAUUAUUUAAACUUUACUAAUAAUAUUACAUGUUGAGUAAGUCUAUGAUCAACGGAUGAAGUAAAUUGAGAGACUUCUUUGUAUAUAAUCAGAUUCAAAUCAUCUGACUUGUUUUAGAAUGUGAACUUACGCCUCGGAAUACGUUGUACUUUUCGACUAUGUGCACAUAUCUGUGUGUGUGUGAUCGUUGUGUUAUACAAACUGUUGUAAAUCUAUCAUCUAAAGGCACAUGCUGAGUCUACGAUCUGCGCUUUCACUCAUAUACAUUAUUUUAUUUCACACACACAUGCAUUUUCAGUAAAUACAAAUUCUCUUACUGCAUUCAUGCCAACCU